GCGGGAGUGGCGCUGUGGAACUUGGGCCGCAGCUGUUAUGGAUGCCUGGGUCCGCUUCAGUGCUCAGAGCCAGGCCAGGGAGCGGCUGUGUAGAGCCGCCCAGUACGCCUGCUCACUUCUUGGUCACACACUGCAGAAAAGUGGGGCCAGUCCCGAGUUACAGAAACAGAUUCGACAACUGGAGGGUCAUCUGAGCCUAGGAAGAAAGCUUCUACGGUUGGGUACCUCAGCAGAUGCCCUUGAGUCAGCCAAACGAGCUGUGCACCUAUCAGAUGUUGUCCUAAGAUUCUGCAUCACUGUUAGUCACCUCAAUCGAGCCCUGUACUUUGCCUGUGACAAUGUCCUGUGGGCUGGAAAGUCUGGACUGGCUCCCGGUGUGGAUCAGGAGAAGUGGGUCCAGCGUUCAUACAGGUACUAUCUGUUUUCACUCAUCAUGAAUUUGAGCCGUGAUGCUUAUGAGAUCCGCCUACUGAUGGAACAAGAGUCUUCAGUUUAUAGCCGGCGACAGAAGGGUUCUGGAGGAGGAGUCACAGGAGGAAUUGAAACUUGGGGAUCUGGGGUUCCAGGAACUCCAGGAGGAGGCCUGUCCCAACUGGCUCUGAAGCUUCAGCUCCAAGUCCUUCUCCUGGCUCGGGUCCUUCGGGGUCAUCCUCCCCUUCUGCUGGAUGUAGUCAGAAAUGCUUGUGAUCUCUUCAUUCCACUGGACAAACUAGGCCUCUGGCACAGUGGCCCUGGCAUUGUGGGGCUUUGUGGCCUCAUAUCCUCCAUCCUGUCUAUUCUCACCCUAAUCUGUCCUUGGCUACGACUCAAGCCCUGAUAUUCUGGUAGGGGAUAAAGAGGGAACCUGAAUUGACGAGAUGAAUCUUAGAUUGUCCCCAAUGUACCAGACUCAUCCUAACUCUACUCCUUGCUUAAAGUUAAAAUUGAGAGAUUUAGGGGUAGAGGAAGGAGCUUUGGACAAGAUGAGGAUGAAAGCUUACCUGUAUAGUUAGUGUGAUUCUGAUGUUCAGAUCUGCUGGAAGUUUUGUUCUUUUCCUCUUUCAUUGCGUUGUCUGUGUCUCUCCUGACUCUUUUUAUUUUGUCUCUCUUAAAUCUGUUUAAGAUUCUGUUCUGUAUUUCAGUCCCUGUCCUAGGAAUUUAAUCAGCAGCAAAAUUACUUUUUUUGUAGGGGAGGUAAAAGGUAUAGUCUAUAAGAUUCUAAUUGCCUUCUUUUCCUCACAAAGGUGGCUUGUGGCAGAUUUUACUCCCUUCAGACUACAAAUUAUAUAAUUUUAAAGAUUUUAUAUCCUGGUGGACUCUUCCUUCAUGCACUGGAAGUGGUAUGAUGCUCUUCCUCCCUCAUGUCUACCUUACCAACAUCCCUCAUGACUUGGCCCUUACCCUUCCCUCUAUUCACAUCUGCAGAUUUCUGCUUAUGUUUGAUUUCAGGGCUUUGUUCAUAAUCUGUUUUUACCCCUUCUUUGCCUGACUAGAAUGAUGCCAUGUCUAACAUCUUGCUGUAAAUAUUGUACAGUUAUUCUGUGUAAAUAGUUAGGGCCCAUACCCACAAUGGAGAACAAGCCUUUAGGUCAGCAAAUUAAAGAUCAGUUUGUUCAUUGAUA